AUGCCACCCUCUUUGGCGCGGCAGCAGUCGCCCGAAGCCAUGAAAGUGACGUCGGUGAGCAGCAUCAAUCGUUUCGCCACAUCUCCGGCUCGUUCUUCCAUUUUGAGGAAACAACAAUCAACAGAUUCGCAGCUUUUCGUGAAGAACCACGAGGCGGUUGGUGAGACGUUUUGGGAGCUGCACCGGAAACUGGGGGAGCGCUAUAAGGCGGACAUUCAACAAUGUGGAGGCAAGGUUCUGAAGACCUCCUCGUCGAUCACUUCGGCGCAAGGUCAAGUAUUGAGCCAUGCAGGCUCACGGCGAACAGUGGAUGAGGCCAAUGAGAGUUUUCGCUAUUCGGAGAGGAGUGGAUUGAUGGUCUCAGAGCGAUUGGCGGCCAGCCAUGCUUCAGCACUGGCCGCCUCGAGAAACACGCCGCUGGCAGCCAGCGGCACGGACAUCGCCAAGUCGAAAAGCAACAGUUUGGAGGACCCACCAGAAGUGGACCUGCCGCAGUCACGAGCGGCUCCGCACGUGGAAGUGAGGAGUUCUCGUUUGUCGAAAUCCAGCGAAUUUUCCGAAGAACACAUCUUUGUGCCGCGGAUGGAAUGGCUCCAGAAGAGCAAAUCCUUAACGACGCGACGGAAGAGUCGCGUGUCGCUCACGGGAGAUUUGUCGCAGUCUCUGCCUACUGGACCAAUUCUUCAGGAAAAGAACAAGCCUUGGUAUCGGAGGCUCGAAGUCAACCGCAUUGUGCUCAGCCCAACUGGCAAUUUCCGGUCCUUUUGGGAUGCCAUUGGAAUUCUGAUUUUGGUCAAGGAUACCUUUGGCAUUCCUAUGCAGCUGGUAGAUGUGGACGUGGAAAUCGUGACGUACUUCUCGGAGACUUGGCCCAAAAAGACUUCGCGUGUGAUCUAUUGGUGUUUCGACAUUUUCUUCUCAUUCUUCACUGGAUAUUUGGAGAAGGGCACGCUGAUCACGGAUUGCCGGACAAUCGCCUGUCACUAUCUGCAGACCUGGUUUCUGAUCGAUAUCUCUAUCAGUAUCAUCGAUUUGCUUCUCGAGUUCGGAAGCUUUGACGUCGGCGAUUCCGCCACAGCCACUCGAUUCUUGCGAUUUCUGCGACUUUUUCGGAUGCUGCGCUUGGGAAAAGUCAGUCGCGUUUCGGCUUUUCUGCAGGACCAGUUUGAAUCUGAAGUGGCUUCCAUCCAAUUCAGUCUCGCAUUGGUCAUGGUGGCCAUGAUUUUGGUGGAACAUGUGAUUGCUUGUGUUUGGUUUGGUUUGGGAGGCACCGAUGGUCGAACGUGGCUCACGGUCUUUGGUUAUCAGGAGAACACAUUUUUUGAAAAAUACUACGCGUGCGUCCGUUGGGCUCUGGCUCAGCUGGGCUUUGGUGCCACGGCCAUUGAAGCGGUCAGCGAAACCGAAGGGAUGUAUUCCAACGUGGUGGGCUUCAUAUCUUUGGUCACCUCUUCAAGUGUGAUCAGUUCUAUGACCUCCUUAGUGGGUGCCCUUCAUCGCAGUCGUUCUGAAGAAACGCAACAACUGGGUCAGCUCCGACGUUUCCUUCGGCAGAACCAGGUGGACCCUGGACUGAGCGAGCGCAUCAUGCGUUUCUUGCAGUACACCUACCAUGAAUUUACAACACCGGGCCGCUUAGCUCGCAUCGCCGCUGGUCGCCUGCACAGGACUGGUGAACCCGUGUCUGACCCCCAGAACGCCAUGAACGGUACAGGCGACUUGGUACGAAUCACCCACUUCAUGGGGGAGGAUCUCAGCACUCAGCACGGCCAAGUGCCACCUGGUGGACGGGUGAUGUUGUCCUUGGAUGUCCUUGGGGAUUCGUUGCUUAAGUUGCAAAAAAUCUCCAUGACGGUGGUUGUCGUGGACGCUGCCGAGGGCGACACGGUCUUCGCCGCGGGAGGCCUGGCUGAUGCAUGUUUCUUUAUCCUCCAAGGAUCCCUGCGCUACACGCAGAUGGAACGCGCACCAUUGACCCUGGAAAAUGCUGGAAUGGCUGCUGAGAUGGCCCUGUGGACUGAGUGGAACUUCAUCGGAGAUCUGGUGUCCACCAGUUUCAGCAAAAUUGCAGGCCUCGAAACCGAGGAUUUCUGCAAAUGCAUUUUGUCCUCUCCUGAUCUGCAACAUGAAGCUCAUGGUUACGCAGCGGAGUACGUAGAAGCCCUCAACGAGUUGGAAAUUUUGUCCGACCUCUGGCGCUUUGGGCAGCGCAACAGUGAACGAGAUUUGAAGAGAGCCUUAGGCCCAGGAAGAGUCUCCAUGAUUCAGCGGGUGGCUCGACGGGUGGCUCUCCCUUCAUGCUUCAGAUUGCCUAGGUGGCGACAAGAAAAAGUGGCACCACGGCCCACUUCCUUUUCAUCAGUCAAGUGA